AUGGGGCUCGUCCACCAUGUGUUGCCGCUGCAUCUGGGAGGAGGAGGUCGCUGGAUCAUCCCCCCCGCUCCCAUCUACGCCAAGCUCCAAGCGGCGCCUCCGCCGGACGGCGGCGGCGGCCGAAGCACCAGGUUCCUCCUCCUCUUUCGAACCCGCUCAUCAGCCUUCUCUUCAGACGGCCGGGUCAGGGGGGAAAGCAAUCGGCCUGGAAUCGGCCGAGGAGACAGCCUUCUACCAGACGCCCCCCCCAGCCUCCCAGGAAUCUCCGAAGGCACGCCGGAGACGACGGAGGUGACUGGAAGUGACGAAGAUGGUGGUGGAGGAGGCGGAGAGGGAGGGGGGCUAGAGGAAGAAGACGGCGUCGGAAGGGAACCCGGUUCUGGCGGUGUGGCCGGCGCCGGAGAGGAGUCCUUGCCAUUCAGGAAUUUCAACAUCGUCGCCGCCUGCGCCAUCGGUCUCCUCACCGGAGUCAGUGUCGUCGUCUUCAACAACGCUGUGAGUUCCUCCACCAGGCUCUGUUCUAGUAUGCUUCUUAUCAGCCGAAGACCGGUUUACCAACAACUCAGCUUCCUCCAAAUUUUUGGUGGCUUCUGAAGUCAUGAUUCGGGGCCAAAUGGGGGAAUCCUCCAAGGUCUCUGACCAACAGAGAUCACAUACUGAAUACUGAUCAAAUAUACGGGGACCAUUGUAUAUAUCAAGAUUAGAUGCGUAAAAUCUCCAUCCGAGCUACCAGCUGGAAGCUCAUCAGAACCAAUUCCACAAAAACUCCUGGUUUAGUUCCCUUCCGUUUGUGAUCGGUUUUGAGUCUUCAGAAUCAUCUGCUUUCAUGGUUUCCAAUCUUUAGGCCAGUGAUCAGUUCCAUAACCAAGAAUUCUGUUGCCGGGUGAGAUGAUUAUGGAACUUAUCUCCACUCAAAGGAUUCAAAGCCCUUCUGCACUCUUGUCCUCAUAGCUAAAGGUUAUAGAAUUCCAAAGCUGCAGCAGAGUAUAAGACGUGUUUUUCCUCUCAAAUGGGUGAUACUGGUCCAGUGGAGAAUGAUUGGUGCUUCUAUCCUUGCUUUCUCUCCGAUUAUUGUUUAAUAGUAUUCGCGAUCUGAAUCACAUCUUGAUAUAUCAUUCAACUUCAGUAACUUGCUGUUCCCUUACAGAGGCGGUAAUAUUCUAAUCGCCCUUACUCAUGUAGAUUGGAAAAUGUCUAGGUCCAUGGAAUACGAGAUAUUUUUUGGGACGGCAUACCUGCCCAAGGCGCUUCAUGGCUGCGAGAGGAGCCCCUCAGAGAGAUAUGGCAGAGGGUGAUACUGGUGCCCGUUUGUGGGGGUGUCCUUGUGAGCUUGCUGAAUAACAUACGCAGCAACAUGCUUGAUGAACAAUCAGGAGGAGGGAACCUUUCAUCAGUGAAGGGGGUAGUAGGGCCUUUCUUGAAAGCAGUCGCUGCUGCUAUCACACUUGGGACGGGAAACUCGUUGGGCCCUGAGGGUCCCAGUGUUGAAAUAGGUGCGUCGAUAGCCAGAGGAGUGGGAUCUGUGUUCGGUAACGGCAGUGGAAAGAGUUUGUCUCUUGUGGCUGCUGGGUCAGCGGCUGGAAUAUCAUCAGGUUAGGUUUUCCCAGGUAUUGUGCCCCUGCAUUUAGUCUUCAAUUUCUGAUUCCUGAAUUCUGGGGUGUUCUAUUUUUCCUUCUUCUUCUCAGAACACCCAAAACAGAAAAGCUCAGCCACUUCCUAUGUACGUUGUAUUAUCGAGAAAUCUUAGCUAAUUUUCCUCAUUUUGACCGGUAUGCAAUCUUCGGUUCUUUCUUGUUUGGUUCCAUCUCCUCUCCUCUCCUCUCCUCUCCUCUCCUCUUUGAUAUCAGUUCAUGGAAGUGACUGUGAUUGAUUGCCUCAGUUAUUGGUGCUGCGAUGAUUCUGGGUUAUAAUGCCAAGUACUUUCAGAUACCACAGCAUAUUACAUGGAAACAAUACUUCCUAGAAUAAUGUUUGGAGUCAUAUUUUUUCACUCAAAAGCACUUGCUUCUUCAUACCGUUUUUUGAUAGCAGAUGAUUACUCUUCAUGUCAUCUCGUGUUCAGUCAAUGUUGGAUGCGUUACUUCAUUUAUCUGCAUCACUUCAGAGGGCUGUCUUUUAAUCUUCCUCAAAUUUAAAAUGUAGGAAGGCCUUCUGGGAAUUUACUUACUCAUUUCCAUUAGGAGAUUGCUGACGAUAUUUUAUCUCGUCCUCAUCAUGUGAACACGCCAUUUUGCUCACCGUCCUUCCUCAGUGGGCAAAAUACUUUUAAUUCAGCUGACUGUUUAACACAUCGUCUUUGCCUGACAUUGACUUGUACAUGUUUCAAUAUAGGGUUUAAUGCGGCUGUUGGUGGCUGUUUUUUUGCCGUGGAAUCUGUGCUCUGGCCAUCUGCAGGAGAGUCAUCCUCUUCGGUUACCAACACAACCUCAGUCGUGAUACUAAGUGCAGUAAUUGCCUCUGUAAUCUCAGAAGUCGGUCUUGGCUCUGACCCGGCUUUCACAGUUCCUGAAUAUGACUUCCGGUCCCCAAGUGGUAUUUUACUCCCUCUAAGCAAGAUCUAGAACUCUGUUCAGCUCGCAAUAGCUUUGAAUAAUAAAAUGUAGAUGUUUAUUCUCAAGUUCUUCGGGCAUCCAUAAAAGCAUAACUGUUUGUUAACUUUCCUUUUGGUUGCAUCAUUCAGCUGGUCCAUCAAAUAUUGUUCAUGUAAAUCCCAUGAGUGAUAAGUCAUUCUUUCGAUACUUGCUCAACAAACACUUGAGACACUGCUUCCUGACUGUGACAUAAGUUUCAGUUUUUUACAUAGUUUGACAAAGUCUGAUACCUUCUGCAUGAUUCUAUGUGCGUCCAGAACUUCCAUUGUACCUGCUGCUGGGAAUCUUGUGUGGCUUGGUAUCGGUGGCAUUAUCCAAGUGCACAUCCUAUGCACUGGCAGUGGCCGACUACGUCCAUAAGACAACAAGAGUGCCAAAAGCCAUAUUUCCUGCAUUUGGGGGCCUUGGUGUUGGUCUUUUAGCUUUGGCGUACCCAGAGGUACUUUACUGGGGUUUUGAGAACGUUGAUGUCUUACUUGAAUCGCGCCCAUUUGUUGUGGGCCUCCCUGCUGAGAUCUUGCUCCAGUUAAUUGGGGUGAAGAUCGUUUCAACUUCGUUGAGUAGAGCUUCUGGUCUGGUGGGAGGCUACUAUGCUCCUUCCCUGUUCAUUGGGGCAGCGACGGGGAUGGCCUAUGGUAAGCUCAUAGGGUCUGCUCUCACGGGAACAAAUCCCCUGUUGCAACUUCACAUCUUUGAAGUGGCAUCGCCUCAAGCUUAUGGCCUGGUAACACAUCUCUGGCAAUUAUCCUCUUUCGGAUAGUCUUUGUGUGAAAUUUUCGUUGUUUCUUCAUGUUUCUUCUCCCUUGUUGUCUGUUAUCUGGCUUGAGGGAACAUAAGAUGCGCAGGCAUUUCUUUGAAACCUCAUUAGGCCUUGAUACCCAAUUUGGCAGGAUUGCCUAAGAAUCUCAUUUCCCGCCGCUAAUAUCUUCCCUCUUUGGGCAGGUGGGGAUGGCAGCUACUCUUGCUGGCGUAUGCCAGGUUCCUCUUACCGCAGUCCUGCUCCUCUUCGAGCUCACCCAUGAUUAUCGUAUUGUUCUUCCACUUCUCGGUGCUGUGGGGUUAUCUUCGUUGAUUUCGUCAGUCAAGAAUAGGAAGAUAACCCUUGGAAACAGAAGCGAACCCAUGAAGGUCGAACCUGCCGGUAAUGGCCAACAACCAAGUGGAUCAUUCGUUGGAAGACAGUCACCUUCUAGUGAUUCUCCCAUGUCGGACCUCUGUGAACUUGAGAGCUCGCUCUGCGUGUAUGAAUCCGAAGCGAAGACUUUGGCAGAGAAGCUCACGGUUUUUGAAGCCAUGCGGACGACUUAUGUUUCAGUCUUGAUGAGUAUGCCUUUGUUGGACGCUGUUAACCUCAUGUUUAUUGGAAAGCAGCCUUGUGCACUAAUCGUCGAUGAAGAGAACCGCCUGGUGGGCUUGCUGACGCUCGAAGAUGUAACCAGAGCAGCUGGAUCCCAGGGGAAGCAAUCGGUGGUCAGUAUUGAUUUCAUGCACUGUUUUUUUUCUUCGAAAUGACAGGAUAUUGGUUUGCAUAAGGAUGAUGACACACGCUGAGAAUGAAACUCUCCCCUUCCAAAAACCAAUGUGGUUAAAGGUUUACAAAGUCGGACCAGGAGGCCCAACUGCCCAAGAAAACCCUGGAUUACUCUCUGGUUCUCUCACAGCUAACACCGUAAUCAUAUUUGUUUCACCAUGCGACGAUUUUUUUAUAAAAAAAUGAAUUAUCAGAUCUUUCAGAUGGUUAACUGACCACAUGAGUAUUUCCCUGGUUGGAAAACUGAAGCUUCAAGAACAUGUUGGAAACGGUGAAGUUUCUUGAACCUGGUUGGUUUUUCUGUUUCAAAGGUCUUUCUUCCUCUCAUCUUGUAGAUCGCUGUACUGCUGCUAUACUGAGUCUCAGAAUUUUGCAACAAGAGCUUGGUCUCAAUGUAUUCUUUAUUCGGCAGGAGUGGAAAUCUGAGCUUAUACAGAUUCAUAUGUUUCUAAUUGAACGAUUAAUCUCCUCACUGUCUAUUACUUCCUUUUCUGAACUGUCGUUUGAUCUCUCUUAACAUCUCUACGUCCUCUGGCAGCCGGAGAGCCUCUUGGUGUCCGACUUCUGCUACUCGGAAAGCCGCAGGUGCCUGGUACAGGCGGUGACGCCCAGCAUGAAUCUCCUCUCUGCUGAAAAAAUAAUGGACCUUCAGGGGGUGACCCGGCUUCCUGUCGUCUCGGAGCGCAUCCUCGGAGAAAGCAGAGGAGGCCGUGCGGUUGGUCUUCUCGACAGGGAAUGCAUCGAGGUUACCUGCCGGUAA